AUGGUGGAGAUAGUGAUGAAGAAAGGGCCAUGGACGCCUGAAGAAGAUGAGAUUUUAUCAAGUUAUAUUAAGAGAGAAGGUGGAGGGAGGUGGCGGACACUGCCUAAGAAGGCGGGGCUCCGGCGGUGUGGGAAGAGCUGCCGCCUCCGGUGGAUGAACUACCUCCGUCCUUCUGUCAAACGAGGCGGCAUCUCACUGGAGGAAGAAGACCUCAUCCUCCGCCUCCACCGCCUUCUUGGAAACCGGUGGGCUUUGAUAGCGGGAAGAAUUCCCGGGAGAACAGAUAAUGAGAUAAAGAACUAUUGGAACACGAAUCUUAGUAAGAAGUUGAUUAGUCAAGGGAUUGAUCCAAGAACUCAUAAACCAUUAUCAUCAUCUUCUUCAAACCCUAAUUAUCAGAAUUUUGUUCAUAUAUCUUGUUCGAUGGAACAACCGGAAGUGGGUUUGCCAAAUUCCAAUGAAAUCAUCUCAAACCCUAAUUCCAACAAAGAUGAAAAUAAAGAAGAUGAGAUUCUUAGCUACUCUGCUGAUGAUGCAACAGUUCUUAUCCCAUUGUGCUUCACCUCUUUGGGCCAUCUGGAAUGGUCUUCACAACCACCACUGUCUUCCACCUUCCACCUCCAGGUCACCACCACAACUCUUCCACUUGCAACCGGGAUAGUGUGCACGAGAGGAGAUCGUGUUCAAAGCAAUAAAGAAGACAAGAAGGAGAAAGAAUGCAAAGAGAAGAGUUCGUGGUCAAAUGUGGUGGUUACCACGAUCCUCCACGACAACGAGCAACCACGAAGGAUGGAGAUAGUGUGUACGGCCGUUGUUCGUAGCCACGUCGACCACGACGAGCCUCAUGCUCAAUAUACCUGA